AGAAGGUUGUUACCAACACAACUUCUUAAGACUAUAAAGUGUACAAAGAAAACACGUAGGUCCAUUAUGGAAGGAAUAAAACAACAACAGACAGGUGACUGUGAAGGAAUGACGGCCGGGUCCAUUGCAGUCCCUCACAUCAUCCCGUUGAGGAUUCCUUUCCUUGGUAAACCCAAGAAUGAAAUUGAUACCAACACUCCCAUCGAACUCAAAUCAGACACCCCUGAUGUGGACAUAUACUACACAGUAAAUGGCAGCAGACCUCAGUUCUUGAAGAAACCAUGUUAUGGGGAGAACUCAACCAUAAAAUACAGAGAACCAUUCACAUUGCAAGCAGGCAGAGGAACGAUUAAAGCUUUUGCUGUUUCUAGAGAUGGUCGAGAGAGUGGUGUGGUGACCAAGGUAUUUCUUGUGGAGUAUGUACAGCCCAAUGCAGUGGAGAUAUUGGAGGAUGAUGACAAAAAUUUCUUACAAGAUUAUGAAAAGGAGCUUUCCAGACAGGACAAUCUAGGGGGGUUGGGACCCCCCACAGCUACAUUCACAACACCAAACAAGGAAAGCAAGCACUCCUACGAAGAGACAGUACAAAAAAUUCCUGAACUGAAAAUAAAUGAUGAUGGCCUGCAUAAAUCAUUCAAAGGUCCACAUUUCCUGAACAGUCGUUUUGGAACUUCAGUCCCUGGACAAGAGCUGACUUCAGCCCCGCUGUCCCACAGGUCCCAGUUGGUCACUUCCAUCGAUGCAAGUCCUCCCAAGACCUUGAACAGUACCCAGAGCAUGAGAAUUCAGAGGGAGACUGACUUUCUGAAGUGUGCUUAUUGCCUUGCCCCUCGUCCAUCAGAUCCUUUUGCACGUUUCUGUCAGGAAUGUGGCUCACCAGUUCCUCCAGUGCCUGGCCGGAGGCUUCCACCACCUGAAGGAGCGCAGAUGGGCCUCUGUGUGGAAUGCAAGACAAUGAUCCCAUUGAAUACUCCAACAUGUAUUGUGUGUGAGGCCCUAAUAACCCCUCAGCUAAAGCCUCAGGCCAGCAUCCAUCUCAAGGACAAGAUUAUCUGUCGAUCUUGUGGGACAGGCAAUCCAGCUAAUAUCCAGUAUUGCCUUACCUGUGAGACCAGGCUGUCAGAAUCACCGAAAUCUCAUUUUAAUGGAGAUUUCCUUCCGCCAUUACCAAGUCGUGAAGGAAAGAUGCUGGCAUGUUCCAAAUGUGGCCGAGUUAACAACACUGAUGCACGAUACUGCGAUUGGUGUGGAGCCAAGCCUGGUGCUCCUAUGAGCUACCUCAGCUGCUCAAAGUGUGGGGCAACUAACCAUCCAUAUGCUCGUUUCUGUGGAUGUUGCGGUGUUUACCUGAAACCCCCUAUGAGGAUGGAUUCUCAUGAUGGCACAUUUCUUGGUUCUGGCCAAUCCACAGUUCUGGCAGAGACCACAGAUCUGAUUUCUUCUCCAACCUGGCAACCUUUGACCAUCCCACUACUGAGGUUUGGGUUGGAAUCUAAGAAGGACCAAGGCACCCAAACAGUUGGUCUUUUUUACCCAUCCUGCAAGAUGCUAGAGAAGAAGGAGAUGGAAGUCGUAAUUCAACAAGAAAAACAGCAGAAGAUGACCGAUCGGCGUCCCCUUCUAACAGCCAUCAGCCCUGGAAGGGGAUAUUGGAGGUUGCAGUUAGAUCACAUCUGUGCACAUCUGCGCAGUUACACACAAAAUAAUACUGAAUUCCGGGCUCUAAUUGGAGAACCUCAAAUGGGAAAGAUCGUAUCGGCAACUGUGCAUGAAGAUGGUUAUGAGCUUAGUCUCCGAGUGAACUUUGUCCUUGCAGGAAAUAAGAACAUUCUAACUGGAAAAGCAAUGAAGCUAUCUGAGGACAACUUCCUUAGUAGUGUGACUGAAGGCGGAGAUGGUUACCAUAGCAGUUUGACAAGUUUGGCUAGCGAGUCUCAUUCAGAUGGAGCAUACACAAGCAAGAAACCUAAAAGAUCAAGGAGGAAAAGACAAGUGACAACGAAAGAAGAGAGAUUGCCAGUUGGUAUUCCUUAUAAUGUCCCUUAAAUGCCAUGCAAUGCUAACACCUGCCUGUGAGAAGUACUUGUUGUGGAUUUUAUUUCGGUUUGUAUAAUAACUUGCAAUAAAAUGAUAUGUUAUGGAA